UUCCUGGGCUGGCAGCAGGACUGGAUUGCAGCUGGGGCUUCAGAGGUGCUGUGGGAGCAGGGGAGAAGGGAAAACGGGCUCUGGAUGCUGAUGGAGCCUUGAGCAGCUGAGAAACCUCGGCAGGACGGGAUAAACGGGGAAGCCAUGGAUGGGUUUUACCCCUCGGCAGGAGGAGCUGGGCAGGACGUGCUCAAUGCCACCAGCUGGGCAGGACAAAGACACUCCCCGCUGUCCCUGCGGGUGGUGACAGCCGCCUGCCUGUCCCUCCUCAUCCUCUCCGCGCUGCUGGGGAACGCCCUGGUGUGCCUGGCCGUGCUCAGGUUCCCACACCUGCGCUCCAAGGUCACCAACCUCUUCGUGGUCUCCUUGGCCGUGUCUGACCUGCUGGUGGCCGUGCUGGUGAUGCCCUGGAGUGCUGCCAGCGACGUGCUGGGCUUCUGGCCCUUCGGGGCUUUCUGUGACCUCUGGGUGGCUUUUGACAUCAUGUGCUGCACGGCCUCCAUCCUCCACCUGUGCCUCAUCAGCCUCGAGCGCUACUGGGCCAUCACCGACCCCUUCUGCUACCAGAGGAGAGUGACACAGCGCCUGGCCUUCGUCACCAUCGGGGUGGCUUGGCUGCUGUCCCUCCUCAUCUCCUUCAUCCCCGUGCAGCUGCAGUGGCACAAGGAGCUGCCCAGCCGAGAGCAGCUGGGGUUUAACGGCUCUGCGCAGGAGGGGAGCUGUGAUUCCAGCCUCAGCAGGACCUACGCCAUCUCCUCGUCCCUCAUCAGCUUCUACAUCCCCGUUGCCAUCAUGCUGGGCACCUACGGGCGCCUCUUCCACAUGGCCCGGCGCCAGCUCCGCAGGGUCUCCUCCCUGGAGAGGCCGGCGGGACGCGCCCAGAGCUGCCCGGGCAGCAGCGACUGCCCUCGGGAAACCUCCCUGAAAAACUCCCUCAAGAAGGAGACCAAGGUGCUCCAGACCCUCUUCAUCAUCAUGGGCGUCUUCGUGUGCUGCUGGCUGCCCUUCUUCGUGCUCAACUGCCUGGAGCCCUUCUGCGACCCUGAGCCGUGCGUCAGCAGGGCCGUGCUCAGCACCUUCACCUGGCUGGGCUGGGCCAACUCCGCCCUCAACCCCAUCAUCUACGCCUUCAACGCCGAAUUCCGCGGGGCUUUCGCCUCCCUGCUGGGCUGGGGCUGCCCGUGCCGCGGCAGCGCCGUGCAGACCGUGACCUUCAGCAAGGAGCUGGCGUCCUUCCACCCCGACAGCUCCGAGCACAGCGCUCUGCAGACCCUCAGCCCGCCCCAGCUGCUGCCCCACGCUGUGCUGCAGGUGGAAAACCCCGAGGUGGCCUUGGAGAGGGUUUCUCUGGGCUCCUGCCCGCCUCAGCACGCCCUGGCUGAGUGCGGAAGCCCCGUGUGGUUGGGGAGGAUUCCCCCGCUCGCCAGCAGCGCCUUCCAUUGAGCCUGGCUGGGAGAGGAGCGGUGGGAAGGUCUCCAGCAGAGAGGGGAGAUGGGACGUUCCUGCCACGCCUGAGGAGCUGAGGGUGAUGAGGGUGUUCCACUCUGUUUGAAUCCCAGAGUGGUUUUCCAGGUGUCUCCAGCCCUGUUUCUGUAACUGAAAUUUGGGCCCAGCCCAGGUGGGCAGCUGGGAUCUGUGUUGCUGCUUUCUCCAGUUCACCCAUGGUUAAAAAACUUCACUUUCUGCAAAAGAUGGAAAUGGCAGGGCUGGAGUUGCUCUUUCCUGGUGACUUCAGCUGAGAGAGCAGAGAUGGUUGGGUGUCCUGAGCCUCUCCGUGGUCAGGAAGUGAAAACCCAGCUGUGCCUGAGGGUUGGCCACUGCCCUUGUCCUGUGGCCACCAGCACG